GAUAAACAUGGCGACGUCUCUGCAUGAGGGACCCACGAACCAGCUGGAUCUGCUCAUCCGGGCUGCCUCCCACCACAGCGGAAGCGCCUCGGAGAGGACAGAACGGCCGGGAUUGACAGGCCUCGGGUUCCAAUCCGCUCGCUGCGAUGUUCCGAAUAAGAGCGUUGGUUUCUGGGGGCGGGACUCCUGGCCCGCGCUGGGCCAAUGAAGAUUGGGCGGGAGUGAAGCUGACAAUGUACGCAUGGAAUUGGAGGGAAGAGGAGUGUAAACACGGAAGUGGCCGCGGCGGUGGGGGAUGUGCGGCGCCACUGCUGCAGCGGAAGGGCACGGACUUAAGUUACAUAGAGAAAGCGGCUUUACUUAAUAGCAGACAGCGCAGCGAGGGCCCUGAGUCGGCGUAAGCGGAGCUUGAGUACGGUUUACCUACUGCAGUGAGCGUCAGUGUUCCUUUCCCUGGCUUCUCUUUCAUAUCGCCAUCGAUGGGAAUUGGAAGAUGGGGAAGAGUCACCGACGAGGACUGCUGUAAAGGAUCUUACCGGCUGUUUUCCAUCCACUGUUUUUAGGUUGGGGAGUUAGUCGUUUGGUUGGUGAAACUCUUGUGAUUCAGUUCGUUUGGGAGAAAUCAUAAACUUACAUGUACCUUUAACAGAACUUAAUCUGUAAAAUAGAACGCUACACGGUCCCAAAGAAAAAAAUCACAGUUUACUGAGUAGUGAUUAAAAUGCAUUUGACCGUUAUUUUCUGAUUAGAACAAGAACUUAAAUAUUAGGGAAAAGGAGGCAGAACACAAUGAGAACUUGGUCUCUUUGUGUACGUUCAGUCCGUUAAUACUGUAUGAAUUAAGGGAUGGAAUUUUUGGCUUUAUAUUAUUGGUACUAACAAUACUUUAUGGAUUGUUUGGGUCAGUAGUGCUGAACAUGGACCUUUCCGGAAAUGUUCCCAGUGGUUGUGAGAACCUUAGAAUACUCCACGCAGUUAGGAUUUUGUAAAGUGGAAGCAUCAGUUCAUAGCAGUAAUGCACACUGUACAGAUAAGACAAUUGAAGCUGCUGAAGCCCUGCUUCAUAUGGAAUCUCCUACCUGCUUGAGAGAUUCAAGAAGUCCUGUGGAAGUGUUUGUCCCUCCUUGUGUAUCAACUCCAGAAUUUAUCCAUGCUGCUAUGAGGCCAGAUGUCAUUACAGAAACUGUAGUGGAGGUGUCAACUGAAGAAUCUGAACCAAUGGAUACCUCUCCUCUUCCUACAUCACCGGAUAGCCAUGAACCAAUGAAAAAGAAGAAAGUUGGCCGUAAACCAAAGACCCAGCAAUCGCCGAUUUCCAAUGGGUCUCCUGAGUUAGGUAUAAAGAAGAAACCCAGAGAAGGAAAAGGAAACACAACCUAUUUGUGGGAGUUUCUUUUAGAUCUACUUCAAGACAAAAAUACUUGUCCCCGGUAUAUUAAGUGGACUCAGAGAGAAAAAGGCAUAUUCAAGCUUGUGGAUUCAAAGGCUGUCUCUAAGCUUUGGGGAAAGCAUAAGAACAAGCCAGACAUGAACUACGAAACUAUGGGACGAGCUCUGAGAUAUUAUUACCAAAGAGGUAUUCUUGCAAAGGUUGAAGGACAGAGGCUUGUGUAUCAGUUCAAGGAUAUGCCCAAGAACAUAGUGGUCAUAGAUGAUGACAAAAGUGAAACCUGUAAUGAAGAUUUAGCAGCAGCUGCUGAUGAAAAAUCAUUAGAACGAGUGUCACUGUCUGCAGAAAGUCUCUUGAAAGCAGCAACUUCUGUGCGUGGUGGGAAAAACUCAUCUCCUCUAAACUGCUCCAAAGCAGAGAAGGGUGUAGCUAGAGUUGUGAACAUCACUCCCCCUGGUCAUGAUGCUUCGUCCAGGUCUCCUCCUACUACCGCAUCUGUAUCAGCAACAGCAGCUCCAAGGACAGUUCGUGUGGCAAUGCAAGUGCCUGUUGUAAUGACAUCGUUGGGGCAGAAAAUUUCAACCGUGGCCGUUCAGUCAGUUAACGCAGGCGCCCCACUGAUAACCAGCACCAGCCCAACAACGGCGGCCUCCCCGAAGGUAGUGAUUCAGACAAUCCCUACUGUGAUGCCAGCCUCCACUGAAAAUGGAGACAAAAUCACCAUGCAGCCUGCCAAAAUCAUUACCAUCCCAGCUACACAGCUCGCACAGUGUCAGCUGCAGACAAAAUCAAACCUGCCUGGAUCAGGAAGCAUUAACAUUGUUGGAACGCCCCUGGCGGUGAGAGCGCUCACCCCGGUUUCAAUAGCCCACGGCGCGCCUGUCAUGAGGCUGGCAGUGCCUCCUCAACAGGCCUCUGGCCAGACUCCUCCCCGAGUUAUCAGCGCCGUCAUAAAAGGGCCAGAGAUUAAAUCGGAAGCAGCGGCCAAAAAGCAGGAACAUGAUGUGAAAACUUUGCAGCUGGUACAGGAAGAAAAACCGGCAGAUGGAAAUAAGACAGUGACCCACGUAGUGGUUGUCAGUGCGCCUUCAGCUCUUGCCCUUCCUGUAG